AUGGUCAAUCUGAAUAGAACUGACUGGUCCCAAAAGCCUGAUUAUACUCUAUGGGCUUAUUGGACUGCGUACAAGACCCCGAUUGGGACUUUACCUUUCAAGUUAAUUUUUGGCAAAGCUUGCCACCAGCCCGUUGAACUGAAACACAAGGACAUGUGGGCGUUGAAGAACCUGAACAUUGAUUGGGAAGAAGCAACUAAGCUCCAGUUGUUUCAACUCAAUGAGAUUGAUGAAUUCUGCUAUCAGGCUUAUGAGAGUGCAGCAUUGUAUAAAGAGAGGAUGAAGCAGUAUCAUGAUAAGAAAAUCCCCAAUCGAUACUUUCAAAAGGGUGAUCCUGUCUUGCUGUAUAAUUCUGGACUAAAGCUGCUACCGGGCAAGUAG